UUCCCCGAGCCUCCUAAUGAGGCAUAAACUGGAGCUGCAGCCCAGCUCCGCACUGCAACUUUCGCUCGGGCUGCAGCUCUGCUGAGACGGUUUUGUUUAAAUCAUGUGAGGCUUCAUUAUUUUUAUGAUGAGACAUGAAAUGCAAGCGGAAGAUGUGGUUGGGAAGAGGGAGAGCGGCUGCGGCGCGGAACGUUUCAAGUAUACAAAUGCUCUCAGUCCAGCCAGACACCAAGCCGAAAGGUUGUGCUGGCUGCAACCGAAAGAUCAAGGACCGGUAUCUUCUAAAGGCACUGGACAAAUACUGGCAUGAAGACUGCCUGAAGUGUGCUUGCUGCGACUGUCGAUUGGGAGAGGUGGGCUCCACCCUGUACACUAAAGCUAAUCUUAUCCUUUGUCGCAGAGACUAUCUGAGGCUCUUUGGUGUGACGGGAAACUGUGCCGCCUGCAGUAAGCUCAUCCCUGCCUUUGAGAUGGUGAUGCGCGCCAAGGACAACGUUUACCACCUGGACUGCUUCGCCUGUCAGCUUUGCAAUCAGAGAUUUUGUGUUGGAGACAAAUUUUUCCUAAAGAAUAACAUGAUCCUUUGCCAGACGGACUACGAGGAAGGUUUAAUGAAAGAAGGUUAUGCACCCCAGGUUCGCUGAUCUAUCAACAUCACCCCAUUAAGAAUACAAAGCACUACAUUCUUUUAUCUUUUUUGCUCCACAUGUAUAUAAGAAUUGACACAGGAACCUACUGAAUAGCGUAGAUAUAGGAAAGCAGGAUGGAUAUACGAAAUAAAAGGGGGACUGCAUCUGUAUGUAGUGAAAUUGCCCCAGUUCAGAGUUGAAUGUUUAUUAUUAAAGAAAAAAGUAAUGUACAUAUUGCUGGAUUUUUUGCUUGCUAUUCGUUUUUGUGUCACUUGGCAUGAGAUGUUUAUUUUGGACUAUUGUAUAUAAUGUAUUGUAAUAUUUGAAGCACAAAUGUAAUACAGUUUUAUUGUGUUACCAUUUGUGUUCUGUUUGCUUCUUUGUAUUGUUGCAUUUAGUACAAUCAGUGUUUAAACUUACUGUAUAUUUAUGCUUUCUGUAUCUACCAGCUAUUUUAAAUGAGCUGUAACUUUCUAGUAAAAAAAUUGAAGAGCAAAUCUCACUAAUAUACACAUAUAGAUAAAGCAAGUCUAUCAACAUUAAAAAGACUAAAAAAUAAAGACACACACAAAGCGUUUUAAGCAACAUCCACUAUUAUGGCCAUUAUGAUUUAGUCUAUCCGUGUUCUCAUUAUAACCCCCUAUUUUCAGGGGGUUAAGAUCAGCUUUAAAAAAAUGCAUAAAAUUUUCAUCUUAAAGCACUUUCAUUUUAUACCAACGUGAAAAGUGCCACUUUUAGAAUAACUUUUAAGCUUAACAGUUAUCCUUUUAAUAUCCUUUGUGUGUGUG